AUGAAAGUGUUCGUAGUUCUGGCUCUGGCUAUUGCCUCCGUCUCCGCUGGCGUCCUGCCCCAGGGUGCCCCAAUGCAUCCUCGUGACAUGCCCGCUGUGGCUGCCACGAUUGAGGGUCGCAUCACCAACGGAAAGACUGCCGCUCCUGGUCAGUUCCCCUACCAGGUGGGACUUAGCUUCGGUAGCUCCAGCGGCAGCUGGUGGUGCGGUGGCUCCAUCAUUGCCACUAGGUGGGUGCUGACAGCUGCUCACUGCACCGACGGUGCCUCCGAUGUGACAAUUACCUAUGGCGCCACUGUGCGCAACAUUGCCAAGCUCACCCACAAAGUGCCCAGCUCCAAAUUUAUUCAGCACGCCAGCUACAACUCUGCCAUACUGAGAAACGAUAUCUCCUUGAUCGAAACUCCCGCUGUCAGCUUCACCGCGGACAUCAACAAAGUCAAGUUGCCCGUUAUGGCCGACAGCUACUCCACCUAUGACGGCCAAGAAGCUAUCGCCUCCGGCUGGGGCAAGAUCUCCGACUCAGCUACCGGUGUUGCCAGCACUCUGCAGUACGACAUUUUCAAAAUUGUGUCCGUCAGCACUUGCCAAAGCACCUACGGAUCACUGAUCGCAUCCUCAAGGGUCAUCUGCAUUGCCACCCCCAACAAGAUCUCCACCUGCAAUGGCGACUCUGGUGGCCCAUUGGUCCUGGUCAGCAACAAAGAACUGGUUGGUGUUACCUCAUUCGUGUCCAGCGCUGGUUGCGAGUCUGGUGCCCCAGCUGGCUUCACCCGUGUGACCAGCUACUUGGAUUGGAUCAGGGACAUCACAGGCGUUUAAAUUCACUCCUGACGACAUUCUUUAAUGAAAACUAUCUAAAUAAACUGCUCUACUAAAAUUGAA